AUGAAAUUUUUAAGUUCAUAUCUUGUCCAGAAUUAUCAGCUACGAGAAAAACUAUGAAAAAGUCAUCAUUAUCAGAUAUGGAAUCUGCUCUUUUUGAAUGGUUUAAACAGAAGCGUAUUGAAGGACUUCCAAUGUCUGGGCCAAUAGUUUGUGAAAAGGCAAAAUGGUUUCAUGAAAAUUUGAAAAUAGAGGAAAGUUUUAAUGCUUCACAAGGUUGGUUAUUUAGAUUCAAAACUUGUCAUGGUAUAAGACAGCUGGACAUUCAAGGUGAAUGUCUCAGUGGAGAUUUGACUGCUGCAACACUGUUUAAUGACGAAUUCAAUUCAAUGCUUUCAAAAUUGAACCUGUCCCCUGAUCAAGUGUACAACGCAGAUGAAUCAGGUCUAUUCUGGAAAAUGUUACCCUCAAAAACACUUGCCGCGCAAUCUGAAAAAUCAGCUCCUGGACAUAAAUCUAGCAAAGAACGACUUACUAUUAUGACAUGUUCAAAUGCAACCGGUACACAUAAGAUCAAAUUAACUGUAAUUGGAAAAGCUAAAAAACCAAGAUCUUUUAAAGGAACCGAAAUGAAAUAUUUUCCAUGUGAUUAUUACCACCACCCAAAAGCUUGGAUGAACCAGGUUAUUUUUAGUGAUGAAAAAGGUAUACCAAAAAGAGCUGUUCUUCUGCUUGAUAACGCUCCUUCACACCCCUCAGAAUCUAACCUGAAAACAAUGGAUGGUCAAAUUUUUGUCUAUUAUCUACCACCUAACGUAACUUCCUUAAUACAGCCAAUGGAUCAAGGCGUGAUUUCCUGUUUGAAACGAAAGUACAAAAAGAUAUUUCUCCGUUAUCUCUUACAAGAAAAUUGUUAUGAUUCAAUGAAAGAACUUUUGAAAACAUGGACCAUAAAAGAUGCCAUUUUCGCAGUAUAUCAAGGUUAUGGUGACGAAGAAAAUGUCGAAGAUACAGAUAUAGAAGAUUGUCUUGAACUUGCUACAUCUAUUCCAGAUUUCACUAACGUUGAUAAAGACGAUAUUGUUGAUUGGCUACAAAAAGAUCAUAACGAAGAGGGAUUUGAGCGUUUAAGUGACUUUGACAUAGCAGCUCGUUAUGGCAGUACAAGUACACUAUCUACCUCACAAAAGCUUGAUUCUUCUUCUGAGAGUGAUAAUGAAAGUGAGAGUUUUGAAAAAAUACAGACUAGCCAAGCAAUGGAAGCAGUUAAUGUCCGUUUGAAAUUUUGCGAGCAGGAGGAUUUUGACUUCCAUGACGUUCUUGGCUUAAGAAAAAUAAGAAGUGAAAACGAUACAAUUACAGUCUCGUCUCUUGACUUACGUAUUGAAAUUGAAGCAUCAGCCGCGUUUCAUGCUAAUACAACUGCAUAUGCUCUAGUAAUUUCAGACAAUGUAUUUACAUAUACACAUUUUGACGGAACUGUCCGUAUAAUUUAA